UAGAGGAGCGGGGCUCGCGCGCCGGCACUCAGCAGCGGCUGGCGGGAGUGCGAGCGCGCGCACCUCACUCAGGCAGAAUGUCCAUCGCUAAGAUCCAUGCCCGCGAGAUCCUCGAUUCCCGAGGGAACCCCACUGUGGAGGUGGACCUGUUCACUGCAAAGGGUCUUUUCAGGGCUGCUGUUCCCAGCGGAGCCUCAACUGGCAUCUACGAGGCUCUGGAACUCCGUGAUGGGGACAAGGCCAGGUACCUGGGCAAAGGUGUCAUGAAGGCAGUGGAUCACAUUAAUAAGACAAUUGUUCCAGCUCUCCUGGCAAAGAAACUGAGUGUGGUUGAGCAGGAGAAGAUUGACAAAUUCAUGCUGGAACUGGACGGGACAGAAAACAAGUCCAAGUUUGGUGCCAAUGCUGUUCUAGGUGUGUCCCUGGCAGUCUGCAAGGCUGGUGCUGCAGAAAAAGGAGUUCCCCUGUACCGUCACAUUGCUGACCUGGCAGGAAACCCAGACCUCAUCCUUCCAGUUCCUGCGUUCAAUGUGAUUAAUGGCGGCUCCCAUGCAGGGAACAAGCUGGCCAUGCAGGAGUUCAUGAUCCUGCCCGCCGGAGCGAGCAGCUUCAAGGAGGCGAUGCGCAUCGGAGCCGAGGUCUACCACAACCUGAAGAACGUCAUCAAGGCAAAGUAUGGCAAGGACGCCACCAACGUGGGGGACGAGGGCGGCUUCGCGCCCAACAUCCUGGAGAACAACGAGGCGCUGGAGCUGCUGAAGUCUGCCAUCGAGAAGGCUGGCUACUCUGACAAGAUCGUGAUUGGCAUGGACGUGGCCGCCUCAGAGUUUCACCGCAGUGGCAAGUACGACCUGGACUUCAAGUCGCCCGACGACCCCAAGCGCCACAUCACCGGAGACCAGCUGGGAGAUCUGUACAAGACCUUCAUCAAGAACUACCCCGUGGUCUCCAUCGAGGACCCCUUUGACCAGGACGACUGGGAGAACUGGACCAAGUUCACUGGCUCCGUGGGGAUCCAGGUGGUCGGGGACGACCUCACUGUCACCAACCCCAAGAGGAUCCAGCAGGCUGUGGAGAAGAAAGCUUGCAACUGCCUGCUGCUCAAAGUGAACCAGAUCGGCUCCGUGACAGAGUCAAUUCAGGCUUGCAAGCUGGCUCAGUCCAAUGGCUGGGGUGUGAUGGUCAGCCAUCGUUCUGGAGAGACUGAGGACACUUUCAUUGCUGACCUCGUCGUGGGACUCUGCACUGGCCAGAUCAAGACUGGUGCCCCCUGCAGGUCUGAGCGACUGGCCAAAUACAACCAGCUCCUGAGGAUUGAAGAGGAGUUGGGUGACAAAGCCAAAUUUGCGGGAAAGAAUUUCCGCAACCCCAAAGCCCACUAAAAAAAAAAAAAAAAAAAAAAAAAAAAAAACCAACCUCAAACCACUCUGCACUGAACCGACUGGCAGCUCCUGACCGGUCCGCACGACCUGCUUUCAACCUGAAUUCUGUGCAACCUUAGUUCUUUAAGAUGCAAGAGCUGCGCAAUGUGUGGGUCUCGCUUGCCACGAUGCACCAGACAAUAAAACUGUUCAGCACUA